GUCGGGUGUGUGUGUAGCGAUCGCGUUUGAAGUGAUUCGAUGCUUCAUCAAAUUAAUUGAGAUAUAGUGCGAAAAUGCGGAUGCAGCUGCUAAAGAUCGUGAUAGUCCUGUUGGUAGCAGGAUCGGGUGACACCAGACCGCAGAAUGGCGUAGAUUCGCAAGCGAAGACGAUAGAAAGGAACGACGCGGGAUGGAGAAGCAUCCAAGUCUCGAGCAAGUCACACGACAUUGUUCGAGACGAUAGCAGUGGGCAAGUGAAUGAUACUCAUCGUGAUUUGAAGGAUUUACAAUAUAUGGAUCAGUCUCUGAGAACCGUCGCCACUCAACUCCUCAACGUUACAAAUCCUAAGGACGUGAUAAAUGUGAAUAACAAAGAUCUCAUCAAGGUCGAACACAAUGUCGCGACUACGCCAAAAUCCUCGGAAAACAGUGUCUCUUUGUUGAUGAGGGAUGUUAGUUCAGAGAUCAAUUUAGAGCCUGUGCAUUUCAGUAGACCAAUUAAUUCUAAAUUCAGUUAUUUCGAGAGUAGUCACCCAGGCCAAGCGAUGGCGAUGACAGAAGAAGAGCUUGAGCGAGAGAUGAGCACAACAAGAUUGAUUACCGCCUACAAAAAUCAUCCGACGACUACUGGCGGCAUCUCCACUUGGAUCCUGCUGAAUCCACCAUCCACAACCGUAAAAAGCGUAGAGAUUGAGAAAUCGAAGACACAGCAGCCAUUUCAAACAGAAGUACGACUUACAGUAAGACCAAGUUCGUCGAUCGAAAAAGAAACGAUUCCGCAGGUAGAAAAGAUCACGGAGAAGACCACGCCACAGUUAACCCCUGUUAUAACUACCGAGAAAGUGACUGUGAUCACGAAGAAACCGAGUAUGACGACAACAAAGAAAAUCAUGACUACUUCGAAACCGGAGAAAGUUACUCAGAAUUUGGAAACUUCAUCGAGCACAACUUUGAAGGUGAUUCGCACCACAACAACAAGCACUUCGACGACGAGUGAUGGAACAGCUACGUUGACUGUUCUCACGACGAAGAAGAGUCAACCAUCGCGAACUACUUCUAAGCCGAAAAUUACCACGCCGAGAACAACUUUACAUUCUAAGCCGGCAAUAACGAAGCCGGCCUCAAUGAAACCGACAACGACGAAACCAGGGAGACCAAAACCAACGAGGAAAUCCACGGUCAAACCUGAAACGAUAAAGAAUGAGACCUCCACAUCGACUGGUAAAAUUGAGAAGGUGACUUUCAAACCGAUCUCGAUUAUCACAACGCCGCAAGACAAGUUGGAAAAUACUGAGAAGCCAAUGUUCGUUACGAAAAUAAAAGCGUCGGUGCUCAUGGACACUCAGAAAACCCCGACUACUUUAUUUCCAACUACCGUGAGCACUAGUACAACGUUCAAGUCGAAUUUGUCGACCGUGGAUCUCGUAGAAGUACCAGUGAGAUCGAAGCCGGUCAACACGAAAGGAAAUAACGUGCUAAAGGUGCAACUGAAGAAGCCUAUUGAUGAGACCACACAAAUCGAAAUAGAGCCGAUCAAAGUAAACGCGCCAAUUUUGACAAUUGAGAAGGUCGAUAACAUGGACAAAAUCAUGAUGAAAGAUCCGGAUGAUCUUAAUGACUCCAGAAUAGAUCUAAAAUUUGAGUUUAAUCCCGAAUUGACCAAAGUUAAUGUAGAAACAAAAGCGGAAGCGGACGAUGCGACGACAUCGACAAGCGCGACAGCGUCAACUACGACGAAGCGGCCGAGGCAUAACUCGAAGAGAAAGAAGAACAAGACUCGAAGGCGCAAACCUACUACAACCUCGGCACCAAGCUCGACGAUGGUGUCUGUUCUAAUGGAAACCAAUGAGAGUGUUACUGAUUCCACCAUCACGGAUAACGCAGUCCAGGAAUCGAAGAUCGCGCCUGAAACAAAAGUCGGGGCAAACAUGACGAAGACUAAGAAGAAGCAACCACAGAAGGCAAUCAGCACUCAGAUCUACAACUUCCUCAGUCGCGAAGUGAUGCCUAGCUUUGGCGUUAUGUCACUGGUAGGUUUGGGUCUUGGCCUCGCUUCGUAUUUCCUGUAUCCCUUCGGCGGUACUAUCACCCGAAGAAAUUACGACGUGGAGCCGAAUUACAAGUACAAUAUGGAUGAAUAUGGUGGUAAUUAUGGGCAGAGCGAGGAGGAAAUGUUAUCCAAGGUGUUCCAGGGUAUGACGAAUUAUGAAAAUAAGUAUCCAGGAACGAAAGAUAAUUAUAACAGUAACUACUAUCAUUAUCAGCAUUAUGACGGUGCAUAUGAUACUCAAACGAAGAAGCUCGAAACAAGAUAUCCAUCGGUGUCUACUUCUCCUGUUUACAAAGCCGUGGAGAAUACUCAACCAGCAGUAAAAUAUCGGAACACGGACUUCCAAUAUCCUGAAGCACAAACCACUCCAGUUUAUUAUGAUCGCAAACGUCCAGAUUUCGCGGAAAUCGGUACGAGUUCAGCGGCAAAUCGGCAAUUCGUAGUUGGCAACGUACCUAAGGAGUAUCCAUUCGACGUGAAAGCAGCGAACUUGCCGGUGGACAAUAAGAAAAGUUACAUGUCGACGGAGGUUGGACAAACGCAAUUCGAGCGGGAGAUAACGCAAGAUUUUGAUUUCCCUAACGCGGCCGGCUUGCACAGUUAUGGACAUCUGGGAGCAUCAACUAUCCGAGCGGAUGACGGAUACGAAGAGAUUGAAAUAACGCCAACAGCGGUGGCUGUUGAGCACGGGCCGCGAUCUCUUAAGGUCAAACGUUCUGUCCUUAAUGAGGAUUGCCGAGGGCGACGCUCAAGAUCAAAGAGAGAGUCGGUAAUUCAGAUAAUUCCGACGAAACGCGAACUGGAAGAAGAGCGCGAGGAGGCAGAGAAGGAGGAAGAUCUGAGCAACGAGAUUCUGGAUAUCAUUGAUUCGGCUCUACCAGGUGGCGAAGUACCACACAAAACGAGGGGCAAUGAAAACGAAGUAGAGGAUCUCGAGGGGCAGAAGAGGAAACAACAAGAAGAAGCUAAUACGCAUGCAAAAGAAUCCACCUUGAAAACUACACAUACAGAGGACACGACGGAGAUUUCCGCGACUUCCACGACCAUCGGAAAAAUAGAUGACGGCGGUACCAGCGUCUCUUCAGAAAAGUCUACUGAUACCACGCAUCCCGCGAACUCGAAGGUUCCCGAAACAAUCGAGUGGUUCGACAGUUCGACCACGAAAAAGCCUUCAGAGGGCUUCAGUCUCAUAAAUUUUGUAAAGAAGGUGGCCGAAAUCAAGUUCAGAUUGGGUCUGACAAUUCUAAAGCAUGCCAGCGAGGGUUUCGCGCGGUAUCUGGGUCACGUGCAAAAGAGAAUCAACGGCGAGGAAUGAGAAGGAAGCGAAGAACUCAGAGGAGCAGCGAUGGAAGUUCUCGAGUCGUGUGGCGAUACGCAUUUUCCAAUUUCACGGCGCAAUAUGGUGGAUACGCGGCGGAUAACGGUGACGGACCAUAGUCCUGUAGAUAACGGUAGUCGAAGAAAAUGAAGGAGCUUCCUCUUCUUCUCUCCCUCUUCCCGGACUUCUUUGCGACCGAUUUGAAACGCGAUUUCACGGACAAUCAUUUUUGUCCAUCCGUAAAUGAUGCGAUGCGAUACGAUAGACGAUCGUCCUUUCACUUAGAAAGCUAAAACGAUGAAGGGGAAUACGGACUACUGUUACGAUCGAAUACGCGUCUCCUCUUUCAAGGUAUCGUCGUAAACGUUGUAGACGGGUAACGCAUCUUCUUUCAGGUUCCUUCUCAUCACGCGAGGAAUCGCGACGAAAAUGUCCUCAACCCGCAUGUUCCCUAAAAAAAGACUCUAUUCGAUUAACAAAGUGUUUAACUUUAGCCUUCGGGUCCUUGUGUGAGAAUGCCUUUCGACACGCGAUAUACAUGUGAUAAAAUGUAUUCUAGGGAUAAUUUAUCGAAAGCAAGACGAUCGAGAUAGACGCGGAAUUGGUGAAGGGUUUCGAGAGAUUUUUCUUUCUCUCUCGCUCUCUUCCACACAGGAUCGAUUGGAUCUUUAUUGAAAGUCGCUUUUUAAUCUCUCUACAAUUGUUUUGGUAUAUGCGCGCUGCUCUCUUACCCUCUCGCUGGAGGGCGAGCGAAGACGUAUGAUGGAGCCGAUUAUUGGGCAGCUUAAUUAUUGUAAAGUACAUUAUAUAAUUGAAUAAAUAAAAUU